AAUUUUAUAGUAUUUAUAUUAUUUUGUUAGGUAAUAAAUAAUAAAAAUAAUUAAUAUGGAGAAAUGUGACAUUGGAAAAAGUCUUAACAUUCAUUGCCACAAAACUGGAUUUUCAAGAAAACAAGGUUUUGUUUAAUUUAAAGAUCUUCCUUGUGAAAAACAAGAAGAAAUAAUAUGGCGAGCAAAUUUAAAGGAAAAAUAUAGUUCAAUAAGAAUUAUAUGUUGUUAUCAUGAGCAAUUCUAUGGAAAAUAUUUUGAGAGAAAAAUUACAAAGUGUUGCAAUCCUUUUGGAACACACAAGGAAAGUAAAAAAAUUGCUAUAAAAGGUAAUAUAAAGAUUUCCAUAGACAUGGCAAACUAUUUGCAAAAAAAUAAUGUUUAUGUAACCCCAGGUUGGAAAUUCUGCAGUAAAUGUUACAAAAAAGCAAUAGAAACUGAUGAAGAUUUAAAUUCACAGGAGGAAUGGGAAUCAAAAAGUGAGAAAAAAAUUAAGUUAGAUAUCACUAUAGAAUUGCUUGGAAUCUCACCGGUCAAACUAAAAAGUCUUUCAAAACACAGCAAAUUGCCUGUAGCAAAACAAAAGUUUGAGAACACUAUUGACAGAGUUGCAAAAAUGGUCUCAUUAGCAUAUAAUAUUAAAGUAACUUUUUUAACAACAGAAAUAAAAAGCCCCAUUUUAAACAACAACAUUAACAAUGACCAUGAUCUAGACAUUUUAAUGUAUGAAAUUAAAAAAAAAAUUUCAGAGACUGACUCUAUUCGCCAUAAGGUGCAAAUGUUAACACUCGCACCAAAAUCAUGGACACGUAAAAAGAUAUCAAGCUACUUUGAAGUGUCUGAGUAUCUUGUUUGAACAGCAAGAAAAGUUAAAAAUGAGAAUGGAAUUCUAUCAUUACCCGGGAAAAAAACUGGAAACCCACUUUCACCAGAAACACUUAAUUUAGUGAUUAAUCAACUUAUUUUAGUCAACUUAAUUUAGUGAUUAAUCACUUAAUUUAGUGAUUAAUCACUUAAUUUAGUGAUUUAUCAAAGUGAUGAAUUUUCAAGAAUGAUGCCAGGAAAAAAAGAUUAUGUAAGUAUUAAGAAAAACCAACAUAUUCAAAAAAGAUUAUUGCUACUCAAUCUUAAUGAAUUACAUGUUGCAUUUAAAAAAGACUACCCUAACGUCAAAGUCAGUUUGUCAAAGUUUUGUACUCUUAAACCUAAAUGGUGUAUUACAACUAAUGCGUCAGGUACCCACAAUGUAUGUGUUUGCAUACAUCACCAAAAUACAAAAUUUCUCAUUGAUGCCGUUAGGUGGAAUAAAAGUUAUAAAGAUUUCAUGGCAUUGAUUGUUUGCUCUCUUGAAAAUGCAGAAUGUAUGUUGCAUCGAUGUAACCAAUGUCCUGGUAUUGAAGCGUUAAAAAGUUUUUUAGUGCAGGAGUUUAUGGACCAUGAGCAUGAAGAAGAUGUAGAAUUUAAGCAAUGGCAGAGUACAGAUUGUACAAAACUACUUUCACAGUCAUUGCCACUAGAUGAAUUUAUUGAUUUAUUAUAUGACAGUAUUGACAACCUUACCACUCAUUCAUAUAUUGCAAAAACACAAAGUAGAUACUUAAAAAACUGUAAAGAAAAUCUUAACCAAAACGAAUGCUUAAUUUUAGGAGAUUUUGCUGAAAACUAUCAAUAUGCUGUUUAGGAUGAGGUUCAAAGUUAUUACUGGAGCAAAAGUCAAUGCUCACUUUAUACAGUUGUACUUUAUUUUAUAGAGAACAAACUUCUCAAACAUAAAUCUUUUUGUUACUUUUCAGAAGAUGUUGAUCAUGACACAGGAUUUAUUUACAAGACUCAGGAAGAUAUAACUAGAUAUAUCAAAGAAAAUCUACCUAAUGUAUCAAGUGUGAAAUACUUUUCUGAUGGUUGUGCAGCACAAUUUAAAAAUUUUAAAAAUUUUAUCAAUCUUUGUCAUCACAGUAAAGACUUUGAUUUAAAUGCUGAAUGGGUAUUUUUUGCUACCAGUCAUGGUAAAUCCCCCUGUGAUGGUAUUGGCGGGACUGUUAAAAGAGUAGUAUGUCAAGAAAGUCUAAAACAAAUAACUACUGGGCAGAUUUUAGAUGUUAAUUUAAUGUACUCCUUUUGUAAAGCCAAGAUAAAUGGAAUUUAUUUUAAGUUAUUUUCAAAAGAAGAAAUUGAUCAAACACGAGCACAAUUAGAAAAAAGAUAUUUAGGUGGAAGAACAGUUCCUGGCACAAGGAUGUAUCAUCAUUUUAUUCCAAUUGCUCCAAACACUAUAAGUUAUAAAAAAAUAAGUAUUGAUGCAUGCACUUAAAUAUUUGAUAUCAUUCCAAAAAGCUAACAUUAUGUAGAUAUUUCAUUAAAUAUUAAAAAAAAGGAUUAUAUUGCAUGUUUUUAUGAUGGAUUUUGGUGGGUAGGGAUUGCUGAAGAUGUAAGUGAGCUUGAUAUAAAAGUCAGAUUCAUGCAUCCACAUGGACCAGGUAAAAACUUCUUUUGGCCAAUAAGAACUGAUGAGUGUUGGGUGCUCAAUUCUGAAGUUAUAUGCCUAAUUUCUACACCCACAACAAUAUCAGGUCGUACAUAUAACAUAACUGAUUUAGAUUUAGAGAAUAUAAACUAUUGGUUACAAAAAAAAAUUAAUUAUGCUUAAAAUAAUUUUUUUUUUAUUUUAUUUACCUAAUUUACAUUUUAAAUGUCUUUUAUUUUUUUCAAAUCCUUGGAUUGUAGGCUGAUAAGGAGGGGUGGGGGUUUAAAUAAAGCACAAAUCACUCCCAUCUUAUUAUGUCAAUGACUAUAUUAGUCUAAAACUACAUAAAGAUAUUUAUUGUCAAUAUGUUUUAAAAACAUUUUAAAACAUUUGUUUUUGAAAUUUAUGGCUUAAAAUUGUAAAAAGAUCUUUGAAAUAAGAGGUAAGUAUUUAUCGAUUUGAAGUAACGCAAAUAAAUCGUUUCUCAAACUUAAACUGAAAAAAUAUGUUUUUAAAAUGUAUUUUAACA